UCGUGGCGCCAGUCUCGCGUGACGAGACUUGGGGCCCGGAGUUUGUGUGGGACUGGAGGGAAGGAGUAGUGUGGGACUGUAGGACUGGAGGGAAGGAGCUGUGCGGAAGGGUGAUAUCCUGUUGAAGACAUGAUUGAUACAUUGAGGGGCUGGGCGGAAUACUUGGUGGAAUGGGCUGCCAAAGACCCAUAUGGUUUCCUUAUAACUGUCAUCUUGGCCCUCACCCCACUGUUCCUGGCAAGCGCAGUCCUGUCAUGGAAAAUGGCAAAAAUGAUCGAGGCCAAAGAACGGGAGCAGAAGAAGAAACAGAAACGUCAGGAAAACAUUGCAAAGGCCAAGCGCACGAAGAAGGACUAAGGGGCCAAUAAAGCCGAGCCUUUUGUAAUGGGAAUUCCGUGCUCUCCGCACAGGGACGCUCUUUCUAUUCAGAUUUUUUUUAAUGUUUGUUUCUUAAAUGGAUAAAAACAAAACAAGACUUGACCAACUAAACAUUCCUUGUGGUGCUCUUAUUUGUGGGGAUUCAUCACUAGUUAACUCCUUAACUGCCAAGGUAUUUAGCCACACCAUCACCAAGGUCCACGUUUCGCUCGGCAGUUACAACAGCCUUUUAACCCUUUAACAUCUCAUUUUCUGUUUGUGAUCUUUUUCUGUUUGUGAUCCGCUACAAAGCCGUCCAGCACACUUCCUGCGCCCCUCUAUAUGCUGAGUGGGGCCUUUUUGUUUUAUAUAUGGGUAUAGAAAAAUCCAUAGAUAAAAUAUAAAUGCUGUUGUGUUUUGUGAGUUCUACAUGCAAUUUGAGGUAUGAGAAAUGCAUAGAAAUCAUGUUGAAAUGUAUAAUGUUUUUGCUUGUUGUUGUUGUUGGUGCAGGUAAGCAUUCCUGUAUACAGGAGCCUUAUGCAGUAAUAUGUCUGUACGGGAUACAUACAGAAAGCUGGCGUGCCUAGAAUUACCAGCAAAAGCACUGGUCUCUUAAUGUGCACUCAUUCCGAAAAUGUGUGAUAAAUGCAAGUUUGGCAGUAAUAUACUAAUAUCAGCAUUGUUAGAUAACUCCAGGUCAUGAGAACCAAACUGUUAUUAAUCUGUGUGUCCAUGUACAAAAAUAACAUUCCUAUUUUUAUCUUA